CUUUACCCCCACACCAAGCGGGACUUAUCUGGUUAAAGCACCAGAGGGCAAUGGUCCUCAGGGGGAGGCUGGUCCUGGGACUGCACACCCUGAUGACCCUCCUGAGCCCCCAGGAAGUUGGGGCCAUCAAGGCUGACCACAUGGGUUCCUAUGGACCAGCCUUCUACCAGUCCUAUGACGGUGCAGGUCAGUUCACCUAUGAUUUUGAUGGAGAACAGCUGUUCUCUGUGGACCUGAAGAAGAGGGAGGCUGUGUGGCGUCUGCCUGAAUUUGGCAACUUCGCCUACUUUGACCCGCAGAACGGGCUGGUCAGUAUCGCGAUGAUCAAAGCGCAUCUGGAGGUCUUGGUGGAGCGCUCCAACGGCACCAGAGCCCCCAACGUGCCCCCCAGAGUGGCUGUGCUGCCCAAGUCUCGGGUGCAGCUGGGCGAGCCCAACGUCCUCAUCUGCAUCGUGGACAACAUCUUCCCCCCGGUCAUCAACGUCACCUGGCUGCGCAACGGCCAGCCCAUCACCCAGGGCGUGACCCAGACCAGCUUCUACGCCCAGCCUGACCACUCGUUCCGGAAGUUCCACUACUUGACCUUUGUGCCCUUGGCAGACGACUUCUAUGACUGCAAGGUGGAGCACUGGGGCCUGGACCAGCCACUCUUUCAGCACUGGGAGCCCCAGGUGCCCACCGUGCUGCCUGACACCACAGGGACUCUGGUCUGUGCCCUUGGCCUGAUCCUCGGCCUGGGGGGCUUCCUCGGGGGCAUCACCCUCAUCAUCACAGGCACGUGCCUGUCCAGUGCCCCCAGGUGAUGACCCUUCUGAGAGAAGCAAGUGUGAGACACCAUUCAGCUUCCUGGCAAGUUUCUGACAGCCCUUGCCUGCUCAAUGUGACUCCACCUAGUUCAUCAUGCCGACUUUGAAUGGGAUCAACCCCUGUCCCAUAGGUCUCCUUUUUGGCCCCCAUACUCAUGGCAGGGACUUGUGGGGAACCAGCACGCUCCCUUUCCCAGCCCCAACACACACACACACACACACACACACAGAUACACACACAGACACACACACACACACAGACACAGACACA